AUGGUUGCCGCCAAGGAAAUCUAUCAUGGCUUGAUUGUUUUACUUGGUUCAACACUCCUCGGUAUAUCAAUGGGUUUUUCAACACCAAUUUCCGAAUAUUUUCAAGCAAAUUGGAAAGUUUCAGAAAAAUCAUUGAAUUUGUUUUCAAAUAUUACGACAAUUGUAGGUAUAUUCAGUCCAUUCCUACCAGUUUUACUAUGUAGAUAUAUAGGAAGACGUUUAUGUUAUUCAAUCUUUUGCAUUGCAGCCGUUAUUACAUAUUUAUUGUUUAUUUUCGUAAAAGAGAAUCAAUUUUGGCUUGCAAUACUUCUUAGAGGCAUUGUUGGUGUAGAGAAUGGCGGAUUCAGUGUCAUAUGCCCAACUUUACUCAUUGAUGUCGCUUCUCUGAACUACACAGGAUUCUUUGGUAAUCUUCAUCAAGUUGGUAUUGUCAUAGGAAUUGUAUUGAUGGAAUUCUUAGGCAUGUUUUGCAAAUGGCAAAUUCUUUGUUUUAUUACUGCAGGAGUUUCAAUAAUUGCAGCCGGUUUAAUCUGGUUAAUACCAGAAACAUCAACAAGAAGAAGCGAAAAACAAGAAUCAUUUUGGACAGAUACCAAUGUAUCCAAUCUUGUCAUUUGUAUUACAGUUAUGAUUCUUCAACAAUUCAGUGGCAUCAGUGCUAUAUUAACAAACUUAUCAGAUGACUUAGAAAACGCAGGAAUUAAUUUUAAGCCAGAAAACGCCAAUGUUUUAACAAUGUUUAUUCAGUUAGUUGGUGUUAUCAUUUGCGGAUUCAUCAUUGAUAGACUUGGAAGAAUGGCUCUCUUCUGUGGUUCUUCUCUUGGGUGCGGUAUCAUCCUUUAUCUCUAUUCUUCAACAUUAAAAUAUGCAAUGACAGGUUGGUUGCCUAUUUUAUAUGUUGCAAUGUAUCUCUUCUUCUUUGGUAUUGCUUUAGGUCCUUUACCUUGGUUCAUUGCACCAGAAAUGUUCGCAAUACAGGAUAGAAUAUUUGCAGCAUCAAGUGUUGCAAGCGCAAACCAACUGGGAUCUUAUUUUGUUAGUUUCCUGUUCCCUUUGACGAAAGAGAAAAUGGGACUUGGAUAUGCUUGUUAUUUCUUUGCAGCUUUUUGUUUAUUAGCUGCUGUGUUCGGUUUCAGCUACUUAUAUGAUCCAAAAGUUGAAAAGAAAAUCGAAUUAGUUUGGAUUCAAGAAGAUUCUGAAUCAGAUGUUGAAUUGGAUAUGAACUAG